AUGAAGGCUUUCCUUGUCCUCCUGUUGGGAGCAGUCCUGUGCUUUGACUCAGGUUCUUCUUUGCAGUGUUACAACUGCAUGAAAAAGCUCAGCAACUCCGACUGUAUGAUGAAAGAGACCUGCAAGUCUGAGGAGCAAGCAUGCAAGACAGAUGUGAUUAGGAUUGUAGGGGUCCUCAACGUCAUCAACAAGGGCUGUGACUCAUCAUGCCGACCGUCAUACCAGGAUUUCAAACUGGGCAACUGGAAUAUCUCUUGCUGCAGCACCGACUUCUGCAAUGUCAACACUGCAAGCAGUGCGAGGUACAGCUAUGGGAUGGCAGCAGGGAUAGCAGCCAGCAUGCUCUGGCCCUUCCUGAACAACAGACUGUGA